GUGCUGGACAGUGUCCAGCACAAGAGCCUCUCUGCCCUGCACACAGGCCUCUUCAGCUUGUGGAUCUCCGUGCGGAGGAACGCCUCUUUGGUGGCUGUGACAGGGAGAAUUAGGCAAGAGAUGCGGGUUCACUUGCCCUGCGUAGGGGCUUAUCUUGGGCUAAGCUGAGGGACUAAUAGCAAAGCCAGCCUCCGCUCCAGCCGGUCUGAGGGCACAGGGAGCCAUCUGUCCACUCUGUGGAUAACUGAAAACAAAGGGGGCAAACAUUGAACACGGGACUACAAACUAAGAGGUCGUUCAUUUAGGAGAUACCAGAAAUAAAGAAGAGGAGCGGGUAUUUUGUAUAUAAGAGUGUUUACUGUAAAGCCCCAAGAACACAGAGAAUGUCAGACAAGGAAGAAAUGGCUUCAGAUGGGAGUCUGAAUGUUACACUGACGCUCAGGCUGCUGAUGCAUGGAAAGGAAGUUGGCAGUAUAAUCGGAAAGAAAGGAGAAACAGUAAAGAAAAUGAGAGAAGAGAGUGGUGCUCGUAUCAACAUAUCAGAGGGAUCAUCUCCUGAGAGAAUAGUUACCAUCACAGGACCCACCGAGGGCAUCUUCAGAGCUUUCUCCAUGAUUGCACAGAAGUUUGAGGAGGAUAUUACGGCAGCAAUGACAAACAGCAACGUGACAAGCAAACCACCUGUGACUCUUCGCCUUGUUUUCCCAGGGAGCCAGUGUGGCUCACUGAUUGGCAAAGGAGGCUCAAAGAUCAAAGAGAUCAGAGAGACCACAGGCGCCCAGGUUCAGGUGGCAGGAGACAUGCUGCCGGACUCUACAGAGAGGGCUGUCACAAUCUCCGGCACUCCACAGGCCAUCACUCAGUGUGUAAGACACAUCUGCUCUGUCAUGCUGGAGUCUCCUCCAAAGGGAGCAACUAUUCCCUAUCGUCCCAAGGCCAUACCUGCAGGAGCCCAUGCAGUAUUAGCACAACAGCACUCUGCACAAGCCUUUGCAAUUCCAGGGCAGUAUGCUUUUGCACAUCAAGAUUUGACCAAGCUUCACCAGUUGGCUAUGCAGCAUAUUCCCCUCCCUUCCCUUGGGCAGAGCAACCCUACCUUCCCUGGAUUGGAUGCAUCUGCCCCCACAAGUUCACAAGAGCUGGCAAUACCUAAUGAUUUUAUUGGCUGCAUAAUUGGAAGACAAGGCAGCAAGAUCAAUGAGAUUCGCCAGGUCUCUGGAGCUCACAUCAAAAUUGCCAGCGCCACUGAUGGCUCAGCCAUGCGCCAAGUCACGAUCACAGGCUCGCCAGCCAGCAUCAGCGUGGCCCAGUACCUCAUCAACGCCAGCUUAGAGAUGGCUAAAUACACCAUGCAGGCUGCUUCCUCUGUGACCCCAGUUGACCUCAACAUGAGCUUCUCUCAGUCUGCUCCCACUGCCUCCACUGCUGCUACCUCUAUGGCCGUCCUGGCGGCCACCACCCAAGCCCCCACCACCAUUAACGUCCACUCACCCUCCACCUUACCAACCAUCCAAAACCCACACUACGCCGUCCCCGUUUCCAGCCUGCUUGGCAUGAAAACUCUCCCUGUCCUGACUGUCCACCCAGCAGCCGCUUCCAGCCUAACACAUGGUUUAUCCCCUUACACCGCAAAAAUGCCGACCUCCGGCAUCAAAAAAUCUGAGCGGCAGAAGUUUGCUCCCUAUUGAUGUCUGCUUUUUAAGUCUAGUCAGUGUGGCUGACUGGUAAGACAUUAUGAAAUGAUGGCAAAGUAUUAAUAUUUGGCAUUUAGGCCUAAAAACAGCUUACACCAGCAUGUGUGUUUGCCAGUGUAGCACUUGUUUUCUAUAAAUCAGGAGACUAUUAGAAACAGACUAAAAGGAUGGUAGUAUCAAAACAUGUCCUCAUUAAUUAAAAACAGGCAGCGUGGUGCGUAUUAACU